UCUCAACAAAAUACAUUUUUUCAGAGGCAACAAUGGGUUUGACGAUGUCACGGCUUUUGAAAUUGUUUUAUGCAAAGAAAGAAAUGAGGAUUCUCAUGGUGGGUCUUGAUGCAGCUGGGAAAACAACAAUACUCUACAAACUGAAACUUGGAGAAAUCGUCACUACCAUACCCACAAUAGGCUUCAAUGUAGAGACUGUUGAGUACAAAAAUGUCAGCUUCACUGUCUGGGAUGUGGGAGGACAGGACAAGAUUCGACCAUUGUGGAGACACUACUUUCAGAAUACACAAGGUCUUAUCUUUGUGGUAGAUAGUAAUGAUAGAGAAAGAAUUUCAGAAGCCAGAGAUGAGCUCCAUAGGAUGCUGAGUGAGGAUGAACUGCGUGAUGCUACACUACUGGUAUUUGCCAAUAAGCAAGACCUUCCAAAUGCUUUCAGUGUUGCAGAAAUUACAGAUAGACUUGGUUUACAUUCACUUCGCCAGCGUCGCUGGUACAUCCAGGCAACUUGUGCCACUUCCGGUCAAGGACUCUAUGAAGGGCUUGAUUGGUUAUCCAGUAACAUAUCUAGCAAGGCAAGGUGAACCAAGCUCUGAGUGCGUGUCUGAUAUUUUGCGGUAUGAAGAUUGAGACUCAAAUGCAGCUGCUAUACUAUGCACAAUAUCUAGUUUUCUUAUAGGCAUAAUCCCGAGUGUGACUUGUUUAAACUUCGAACCAACUAUAAUAUCAAUCACUGUGAUAUGCAAUUUCUAAACGUUCAAGGCAUGUAAGUAUUACACUCCUGAGGAGUAUUUAUCUACACCCCACUACAGUAUUAAAUAAAGAUCAGUAUUGUUUGUUUAUGCAAAGAGCAGCAAAUGUAGACUGCUCAAGUGUAAAAGCUUUUUAUCUGAUCAAAUUA